UAAUCAGCAAACGAAAUCACAGCGCCACAUCAUCUCACCAACAUGAAUGGGCUGGCCUCCCGACGGCGAGGUUACCUCUCCCACACGUCGGCGCGUGGCUGGGAGCGAGCUGACAAUCCGGCCAAGCCCGCGCCAUCGGCCGCGGCGGCAGCGAUGACCUCGUCCAAGUUCUGCCUCCGAUGGAUCUUCGGCCGCUGAACUCGCGCCUGCUCCCCGCCUCCAACAUCCUCCGCCAUCCCCCGCCGGCAAGAUCCCGCGCCACAUCCCGCCCCGACCUACUCCACCUCUCCACCGCUGCUCCUCGCAUCCUCCUACCACUGGCCCGCGCGAGACUCAGCGCGGCCGCCCGCGCACACCGCCUCCUCGAGGGUGUGGAUGGGGACGAGGGGACCGCCUUCCGCACGGCCGCCCGCGCACGUCGCCUCGCUCCUCGAGUCGCACCUUCGCUCUCCCGCGCUCUAGGCAUCCGAGGUGCAGGGUUUCCCCCGAUGAUGCGAUGUGGGUGGAGGAUGGGGAGGACGACGACCUGCAACUCAUCAGCUGGGAGUCCGCUGCGUCGCGGGCGGCCACUGCCGCAGGUCAGCCAUACGACACUGCUGCUGCAUACGGUCAGUUUUACUAUAGGAUAUAUCAUUCAGUUUUAGCUAAGGAGGACCUCAAGUGAGCAAAGUUAAGCAUGACAAAGAAGCUAGGAAGGAUGGAGAGAACUGACAGAAAUAUUACAUUUGUCUGAACUGGAAAAUUAAGGAGCUUUGAAUGCUGUCUAUUGCCACCUUCUGUGAAUGAUCAACAAUGAGCUCCUGCACUCACUUUGUGUAUGACUUCAGCACUUACUUGUUCAUCUCCAGUUAAGGUUUUUUCCCGAACUGUAUGAUCAAUAUUGUUACUUCAUAAUAACCAUAUGUGAAUAAAUGAAUUUGGGUGCU